GCACAAAUAAUUUUAUGCAUGAAACCAAUGGCAAUUUAAAAUCCUGUCAUAGGGUUGUGAACAACUGGAUUUAGCCAUCACUAAAGAGUACAGGCGCGUUCAUACAGGUGUUACCUCUGACAAAACCUGUCAUCUGGUGAAUCUUUGCAUGUGAAAGUGCAGAAUAAUUGCAUCAAAUGUAUAAUUUAGGGGAAAUUCUUUCAACGACGGAUAUGAGGAGUCACCGACGCGACUGGGGUCCACAGGUCUUUCAAACUGGGGGGCUGAAGUCCGGCUCGUCCCGAUCCAGUUUUUAACCACCAGGAUGCAUAACUGGACAAAUCAUUCAAUCUGCCCAUUUAACUGCACAACGGACGACAACACAACUAAUGGAAGAAAUGACUUUCCUGUUACCCUUUUUCCAGUACCGAUACUGACUGGGAUAACCGUUACAUGCACGCUACUUUUUCUCAUUGGAGUUACGGGGAAUUUAAUGACGAUUAUGGUGGUCACCAAAUAUAAGGACAUGAGGACGACCACCAAUCUGUACCUAUCCAGCAUGGCGCUUUCCGAUCUUCUGAUUUUCCUCUGCAUGCCCCUCGACCUGUACAGAGUCUGGCGGUAUCGUCCGUGGAAUUUCGGGGACUUGCUUUGUAAACUCUUUCAGUUCGUCAGUGAGAGCUGUACUUACUCCACCAUCCUCAACAUUACCGCUCUCAGUGUGGAGAGGUACUUCGCUAUUUGUUUUCCUCUCAGGGCAAAGGUAGUGGUGACAAAAGGACGAGUUAGAGGUGUUAUCCUCGUACUCUGGAUGGUGGCAUUCUUCAGCGCUGGACCCAUAUUUGUCCUUGUUGGUGUGGAGCACGAGAGCGGAACAGAUUCCUGGGAGACGAACGAAUGCAAGGCAACGGAGUAUGCCAUCAGAUCCGGUCUCCUGACCAUUAUGGUGUGGGUUUCCAGCAUCUUUUUCUUCUUGCCCGUGUUUUGUCUUACUGUCCUGUACAGUCUAAUUGGGAGAAAGUUAUGGAAGAGAAAGAAAGAGACUAUAGGACCCAACAUCUCAAGUCGGGACAAGAAUAAUAAGCAAACUGUAAAAAUGCUGGCUGUGGUGGUGUUCGCCUUUGUGCUGUGUUGGCUGCCGUUUCACGUGGGACGCUAUUUGAUUUCCAAAUCAUCCGAAGCUGGCUCCCCUCUAAUGUCGCUUAUAAGCGAGUACUGCAACCUGGUCUCCUUUGUGCUUUUUUACCUCAGCGCCGCCAUCAAUCCCAUCCUUUACAACAUCAUGUCCAAGAAAUACAGGAUUGCCGCUUGCAGACUUUUCGGAUUGAAGCAGGCCCCGCGAAGGACUGCAUCCGCCAUCAAAAGCGAAAGCUCCCCCGGGUGGACUGAGUCGAGCGUGAGCAUGUGAUUUCUGAAAAAAAGAUGCCGCCCAUAAUUGUGCUUUUUGCGCACCUUGAGCUGCUCGAACAUGCAACGCUCCGUCUGAACCGAACUGUUUUCUUGGCGGGUGAAUUAACGUACUGUAGGCUACUGAGAAAAAAAGAUGGAUCUGAGAUUUUUGGGAAGAUAACGUAUGGUAAGGGACAAUGCAGCCAAAUGGACUGGGUGUACCAAAAAAUC